AUGCCGGCGGUUGGCAGCGGGAGGGGCGGUGCGAGUGGGAGCGACACCGGCCGGCUGAGCUCCCGCGUCACGUGCGCGCGUAAGCGCAGCGACGUGGCGUACAUCACACCCAGGGAGGUGGACCUGCAGCAGCAGCGGCACUGCGCUCUCAAGGAGACGGGCGGCCACCCACCGGGCGGUUACCUUGCCAUCUGCACGACUGUGAGAAACCAGCACGCCGAGCUGCCCGAGUGGCUGGACUACCACCGCCGCCUGGGCGUGUCCCACGUGUAUGUCAUGGACGACGCCAGCCAGCCGCCGCUGGAGGGGGUGCUGGCGCCGUACAUCGAGGAGGGCCUGGUCACGCACCGCAUGCUCAAGCGUGUGCCGGAGAUGCAGGCGGAGAUCCGGGAGGCGACGUGCCACGAGCCCUACAUCACACACAAGCAGCUCAUGGGCUACGCCUACUGCCUGAUGGACUAUGGAGUGCGCCACCAGUGGAUGGCCUACAUCGAUAUUGACGAGUUCUUUGUUUUCUAUGACUCCACGCCCGACCUGCCCACGCUGCUACAUGAAUAUGAGGGCUACGGCGGGCUGGCAGUCAACUGGCGCAUGUUUGGCUCUAGCGGGCAUAAGAAGAAGCAGGGCAACACGCUGCGCGCAUACACCAAGUGUUUCGCUCCAAAUAAUGGGGAGAACACGCAAAUCAAGACGAUUGCCAACAUGCAAUAUCUGGCCAGGAUGGCAGGGCCGCAUGACGCUUUCUACCCGCCAGGCCACUUCACUGUGAACCCAUCCCGGGAGCCGGUGGUUGGCCCUCUGAGCAACGGCGCAGACUACUCGCGCCUAGCCCUGCACCACUACGCCAUCAAGUCCAGGGAGGAUUUUGAGGAGAAGAUGGCUCGGGGCGACGUGAUGGGGGACCGCGGCAAGCUUCACGACUUCUGGGACCGCAUAGAGGCGGGGUCGGUUGACAACUGCACAGCUGGUGUGGAGAUGCUGCGGCGACUACGGCGCGGCAAGGGCAAGGCCGAUAAAGACUGA